AGGCCAGAGGCUGCUGUAAAUUCAACUAGUCAGCCCAGACCUGUCUGGGGCUCAAGCCAGGCUGGGCUUGGGGCACAGAGGAAGCAAGACCAUGGCGAGGAAGAUGAGGCCUGUGCUGGGGAUGCUCUGUGCAGUCUGGGUGACUGCCCAUGCCGUCAUUGUGGAAACCCCCCGGAAUGUUCUCCGGGCUGCCUGGGGAAACAGCGUUACCCUUCCGUGCACCUACCACACUUCUGCCUCCAACCGAGAUGGAUUUGUGCAAUGGGACAAGCUUCUAAGGAGUCACUCGGAAAUGGUGCUCAUCUGGAAAUUUCUGACCAAAACCCUCAUCAGUGGUGAACUUUACAAGGACCGAGUCAAUGUAUCUGGCAACGCUGAGAUCUCAGAUGCCUCCGUCACUAUCGGUCAGCUGACUAUGGAGGACAAUGGCACCUACGAGUGCUCAGUGUCACUGAUGGAGGACCUGGGAGGCACCCCAAAGUCACGUGUCCAGCUCUUAGUCUUCGUCCUACCCUCCAAACCAGAGUGCGGCAUCGAGGGAGAGACCAUCAUUGGGAACAACAUCCAGCUGACCUGCCAAUCAAAGGAGGGCUCUCCUGCCCCUCAGUACAGCUGGAGGACCUACGACAUCCUGAACCAGGAGCGGCCAGCCCCACCAGUCACAGGCCAGACUUUGUCUCUGAAGAACAUCUCCACAGACAUGUCGGGUUAUUACAUCUGCACCUCCAGAAAUGAGGUGGGAGAGAAGUCCUGUAACAUCACUGUGGCUGUCAGACCUCCCUCCAUGAACGUGGCCUUGUAUGCGGGCAUUGCGGGGGGCCUGGCUGCAGCCAUCAUUGUCGUCGGCAUUGUCGUCUACUGCUGCUGUUGCCGGGGGAAGGACGAGGCCAAGGUCACAAGGCAGAAUCGGGUGGCCUACCAGAAGCCUCCAGAGCAGCUGAGAGAGCUUCAGACGGGGAGGGAAGAGGAGGACGACUACAGGCAAGAAGACGAGUGGAGCUACGGGCGGGAGUCCCCGGGCCACGCUGACUGGUGACUGGAGCACACUGCAGGCUGGGGUCGGGGGAAGAUUGCGGUUCAUGCCUCUGCUCCUGCCUCCCGUCUCCUCACCCAUUUUUCUGGCCCUCCGUCCCCGUCACGGAUGGGAUGCCUCUUCCCCAUAUCAUCUGCCGGAGGACCUGGCUAAGGGGAUCUCGCUCGUGACUGACCCUGCCAAGUGCCCUCACCCAGGAAGUGACCUCUCCCUGCCGCCCGCCUAGCUCAGGGCCCUGGACCUCACCCUGGACCAGGCCACAGCCCCACCUUCCUCUGGAGCCAGGAGGGGGGGCUCCCAAGGCACAGCAUGGAGCCGGGCGCUCCCUCGAUUGGCCUCGGGAGGGCAGUGGCUGCCAACAGGUGCACACAGGGGGGCGCCCUUGGAGCGCCCGCCUGUGUGCAUAUUUGUGGAAUAAAAGAGAGAAUGAGUCCA